CGGCGCGCGUUGCGGAGGGCGGGCGGCUGCGGAGCCAAGGGUGAAGGUGGUUUGGUAACAUGCAGUCUCAUGAUGCACUGCACCUCAGUGAAUGGCAGAAGCAUUAUUUCAAUAUAAUAUCCACUGAUUGCACCACUGGACAGAAGGCAGAUGCUUAUCGUGGGCAUCUAAUGCAGUUGCAAUAUGCAUGGGCAAAUGCUGACAUCUCGGAACAGUGUACUGCUAGCAUAUUUAGGAGAUGUACUGAAAAGUAUGCGGCCAUUAUUGACUCAGACAAUACAGAAAUUGGGUUGAAUAAUUAUGCUGACAGUGCUCUGAGUUUAUCAAAGUGUCAGAGAAGUGAAGGUAGCCGGUGGCAGUCGUCUUUGACAACAGACAAUGUUUGCAAAUUAAAAUGUGUUCAAGAGAUGUUUAAGUCCUGCAAUAAAACGAGGGAUCUGCUAAUAUCAGCAGCUGAUGUUUCAACUGUGGUUGGGAAAAUUAAUCACAAGUCAAAUUCAGACCAUCAUAAAAUGGAAACUAUAUCUUCCACUGAUACAGAGUCUUCGGUAUCUAAAAUGUUUAUUUCACCUGCUGAAGUGCCUUCACAAAAUAUAAUUGGAAAUAAUUUUUCAAAUACUUCAUCCACAAUUACUGCCUUUGCAGGAAUGAAAAAGGUGCAAAAUCCAUUGAUUGCUAAUCUGGGGAAUGAUGAGAUGAAUGCUUUAGGUUCCUCAAGCACUUCCACAUUAGCCUCUUCUGAAAGUAUCCACAAUAGUCCCAUGCUGAAACUAAGCAAAGUGACAAAUUGUUCUGGACCUUUGGCAAGUCAGAAAGGCACUGUUUCUGAACAGUGUUUGACUCUUGAUAACAAAUCGCCCCCUGUACCAUCUAGCACUACAUCAAAAAGGAAGUCGUCCUCUUUAUCUAGCAGUGGAUGCAAUGAUUCAUAUAAUUACAUGUCAUAUGGACAUUUUCAAAAUCAAAGUUGGACCAAUAUUAAUCAAAAAAGUUUUGACAGCACGACCAAGAGCAUGAGAAGUGAUGCCUGUGCCACUGAUGAGAGAUGCAUGGUUACUUUUAAAACUGCUAAAGAGCAACUGCAUGUUGAACAAUUGAAAAAAUGUGUCAAUCCACCUCAACGGCUGCCUUUAACAACAGCAACAACAAACAAUAGCUUAAAGAAAUCACUGGGCACGGUCAGGUCUCGUGGUUUGUUUGGCAAAUUUGUUUCUCCAGUUGCAAAGCAGGAUAACAGUGAUGAAAAUGGUGGAAUGUCUUUGCCUCAUGGAAACAGUUCUUUGGAACCUUCCCAACCAGUGGAUGAGCGUCUGAAAAACCUUGAGCCAAAGAUGAUUCAAUUAAUUAUGAGUGAGAUCAUGGACCAUGGCCCCCCAGUGAACUGGGAUGAUAUAGCUGGGUUGGAUUUUGCUAAAGCAACAAUUAAGGAGAUAGUUGUUUGGCCAAUGCUUAGACCAGAUAUCUUUACAGGGCUCCGUGGUCCACCCAAGGGAAUCCUUUUAUUUGGCCCCCCUGGAACAGGUAAAACUCUAAUUGGUAAGUGCAUUGCAUGUCAGUCAGGAGCUACUUUCUUUAGUAUUAGUGCUUCAUCACUGACUUCGAAGUGGGUUGGAGAGGGUGAAAAAAUGGUCCGUGCGAUGUUUGCUGUAGCACGCUGCCACCAGCCUGCAGUUAUCUUCAUUGAUGAGAUUGACUCUCUUUUAUCGCAACGUGUUGAUGGGGAGCAUGAUUCUUCUCGUAGAAUAAAAACUGAGUUUUUAGUGCAGUUGGAUGGUGCUGCUACUUCAGCAGAUGAUCGAAUUCUUGUGGUCGGAGCCACAAACCGCCCUCAAGAAAUAGAUGAGGCAGCUCGUAGACGUUUGGUCAAAAGACUAUAUAUCCCUCUGCCAGAAAGUUCAGCAAGGAGGCAUAUAGUAGUGAACCUGAUGUCUUGUGAAAACUGCUCCCUGAGCCAAGAGGAAUUGGAGCUAAUCAUUGAACAAUCUAAGGGAUUUUCAGGUGCUGACAUGGCUCAACUUUGUCGUGAGGCAGCCUUGGGGCCAAUUCGUAGCAUCCAUGUGGCAGACAUCUCUACUAUCACACGAGAACAAGUUCGUCCUAUUAAAUUCAUAGAUUUUAAAAAUGCUUUUGUAAAUGUUCGGCCCAGUGUCUCUGCAAAAGACCUGGAGCUAUAUGAAGAAUGGAAUAAAACUUUUGGCUGUGGUCGAUGACCAUUGCAAAGCUGUUCAGGACUGUAGGAGUGUUUUUUCGAAGUUUAUUAAAGAAAUUCUUUUGCUGAUACUUAUUUCCUUAUGCAUAUCCAAUAAAGUUGACUUUUACAGAUUAGGUACUUUGUAUAAGCUAUUAUAUUCAAAUCUGUUUAAACUGCUUUGUUCCAAAUGAUUAGUGUACUAUAAUUCAAAAUAUGGAAUCCUUUUACUCUUUGGUAAAUUUUGCACAAAAUGGUACCUCUGUAUGGUAUGUCAUUGUAAUCUUAUAACCAUAAGGAAAUACAGUGAAAAUAUUGAUGUAUGUGCAGUGGUUCAAUUGCAGGCCUAGCUUUCUGCUCUACAUUUUGACUAAAUAUUCCAUUGCAAUUAUCCAAAUGGGCACUAAUUUCAAUUCAAUAUGAUCACCUAUUUGAAAACUUUUGACAGUUUGGUGGUUCGUUUGUAUUUCAAAAGGGAAAAAUUUACAAAAAUGCUGGAGGAUUUGAAAUAAAUAUUUUGAUAUUUCUUCUAAUUAGUAAUUAGAAAUAAACAGUUCAAAGCCAGGGCAAUAGUAGACUAUUUUUCUUUUGUGCCAAAAAAUGGUUACUUAGCUGUGUAAAUGCUCUAUGUAACGUGUUUUUUGAUUUAUGAAUAUUCAUGAUUUGGUAUCACCCAUUCACUCUUUGGGAUAUGGCUUUGAUUUAUUCAACUAAUUUUCAAUCUUAGAAAUGCUGCACAACUCUGCUGUAAAUACAUGGUUUUAAAAUGUCCAUAUUACAUUUGUUCCAGCUAUUUUUGAUUUAUAAAAUUUUGCUAAAUAAAACAUUAU